AUGUUGCCAAUGUCCUUGAAACCGGACAUGAAGACGUUAAGGCGAAGAUCCAGCAUGUUCGUCAGGGCAAAUACGGACGUUUCAGCGGAAGCCCUUAGGCCUAAAAAAGAAAACACGUACAAAAUGGAGCCUGACAUCGCGUUCUCUUGCGCAAAGGUUAAAGAAUCCAUCACGUCGCUUUUCCGAGAGGAGCUAGACGAGUUGACGUUCGAUCAUGACAUUACAAGCAAACUUUCAUGUAACCUUGCUGAAAAGAUCAAGAACAAGGUGAGGGAUUUGAAAUUCGAGCGCUAUAAGAUCGCCGUCAAUGUGAUUGUUGGUCAGGCGGCGAACCAGGGUCUAGAGGUCGGGAGCCGAUGUAUCUGGGACGAGAAGACCGACAACCAAGUCUGCGUAACGUAUCACCAUAAGGACUUGUUUGUGGUUGCGAUGAUAUUUGGUGUUUUCUACGAGUAG